AUGAAAUUUGACGAUUUAUUGGAGUAUCUGGGGGAAUUUGGUUUGUACCAGAAGCGGUUGUAUUUUAUGGUAUGUUUAUUGUCCAUUCCUGCAGCAUUCCAAGCACUUUUACCAGUUUUCAUCUUAGCUAUUCCAAAUCACAGAUGUGCUAUUCCAUCACUUCCAAAUGACACGUACCAACUACAAGGGGAUUGGCAUCGUGACAUAGUCAAUAAUUCUAUACCACUUAAACCAGAUGGGGAGCAAUCUAAAUGUACGUUUUACCACGAGAACAGCUCAGAAGAAAUACGUUGUAGUAAAUGGGUCUAUGAUCAAACUGAUUAUCCAUCAACUUUUCUUACCGAAAUGAAUUUUGUAUGUGGUAAAGAGAUAUUUAGAUCGCACGCCAAUAUGAUAGUGUUUGGGGGUUACACCAUAGGAUCUUUUGUCAUGGGAUUUCUGGCUGACAUAAUUGGACGUCAUAAAGCUUUAAUGCUAUCUGUUGCUGUCCAAACAGUGACAGGAAUAAUAACAGCUUUUUUGAAUGAAUUUAUCAGUUUUACCAUCGUUAGAUUUAUCAAUGGAUUCGCUGGAUCCGGCGUGUUCGUCAUUUCCUUUGUUAUAGGUGUAGAGUUGGUAGGGCCAACUAAAAGAACCAUUACUGGCAUGGUAGUGAUGAUAUUUUGGGCUAUAGGUUUAUUAUUACUUGGUCUCAUGGCUUACCUAGUACGAGACUGGAGACAUUUAUCAUUAGUCCUUUCAGUUCCUACAGUUGUCUUUUUUCCUUAUUGGUGGCUGAUACCAGAAUCACCAAGAUGGCUGAUAUCAAAAGGAAAAUAUAACGAAGCAGAAGUCAUCCUUCGAAAAGCAGCUAAAGUAAAUAAAGUGAAACUUCCAGAUCGGUUAUUCAGACGACAGUCUCUUGAAUUAGAAGUAGAAACAGCUAAAUUUAAACAUCUAUUAACUAGUCCCGUUUUAGUUCUUGGUACCUUCAUUAUCUUCUUAAACUGGUUCGUAGUGAGCAUGGCGUAUUAUGGCUUGUUACUAAGUGUAACUAACUUUAGUGGUAAUACAUACCUGAACUUUACCAUAGCUAAUAUAGCAGAAUUAAUUGCCUAUAUUAUCUGUUUAUUUUUACUGGAUAGAAUAGGAAGAAAAAUGGUACAUUGUGGUGCUAUGUUAUUGGGUGGUAUUGCCUGUUUGGCCACCAUGUUUCCUGUCAUAUAUGGAGAUGAAUCUCAAACGUGGAUAAAUUUGAUAUUGUCUACAAUUGGUAGGCUUGGUGCCUCUGGUGCUUUUUCUGUUAUAUAUGUAUUUGCUGCUGAAUUAUUUCCAACUCUUUUGAGAAAUUCUUUGAUGGGAACAGCUUCCUUAUUCUCACAGCUUGGUGCUAUGAUUUGUCCUUACAUUGCCGAUUUGGUAAAUGGUGAUUUAAAAACAGCUUUACCAUUGAUUAUAUUUGGUUCAACAACAAUUGGUGCUGGACUGUUAUCAUUAUAUCUUCCUGAAACUUUGAAUCAAAAACUUCCAGAAACUAUUUCAGACGCUCAACAACUUUAUAAGUAA